AAAUUUCGGGUCCUACUACUGGCCGCGCUUCUCUCGGCGGCUCUCAGUCUCAGCUUCCCCUCUCUUUUGUUUUCGUUUUGCAGGAGAGAGUUUUAAAUUCUGUCUAAAUUUGCUGGUUUCAUAGAUUUGUAAACCAGAAACCCAAAAUCAUCAUCUUGCUUCCCUUUUCUCUUAUGUCGGAACUAAACCCAUCUUGCAUCUGUCAAUCCCCAUCCUUCCUAUCCGCCUCCAGUCGCUAUCGGCGCCGGGUCGUGGUCUUCCCCACGCCAAGUGGCCCAGAAUCUUUCCAGCAAUAGCCUUCACACGAAGUACCGAACCGCAUUUCACUGCCUUCAGUCACCAGCAUUUGUCGUUCCAGCUCAAAGUUGGGGCUGAAACCCUGUUCUUAAAGUUGCGUGGGGCUGGUGCUUCUCAGACAAGAUGUCUUGCGAGUUGUUCAAACCUGGAUUUGAUACUUCUCUAUUGAAGCCUUUGUCUCUCAAGUCCUUUCAGGAUAUAUGAUUUUGGCAGAGCUUGGGGUGGUGGGCUACUGGUGUUUAUUCUCUUUUCUACCAAGGCAGUUCUUUUUCUUCUGAUAUCGAAUGAAGUUGAAGAGAGCAGUUGUCAAUUGUUCGGCUGCUUUUGUGAUAUUUCCAUUUAAAAUUUAGUGCCAACAUUCAUUUUUUUUUUCUUUUUUUUUUCCUGCUAGCAGGGAUUCUUGGUAUAUUAGGUGACCCCUUGUCAUUAUAGUGGAAUGGACUUACCUGUUGUGACCUCUAAUUCACAAAAAAAACAAAGGAUCUGUAUAGAUAUGGAUGUGUUGAAGUUUGAGACGUUGAGAGAAAUUAAAAGUUUUUUACCUACCUUGUGUUCAUCUGAUUAUUAUAUGGAACCAUCUUUAAAGGAGUUGGCAAUGCGUGAACUCUUGGAUCCUGGUUAUUGCAGUCAUGUUCCUAAUUUCAUGGUUGGAAGGAUUGGUUAUGGGUGUGUCAGGUUUCUCGGAAGAACAGAUGUCAUACAGCUACAAUUGGAUCAAAUUGUUAAGUUUUGUCGAAAUGAAGUGGUUGUAUAUGGGGAUGAUGCUGUUAAGCCUCUGGUUGGCCAUGGGCUUAACAAGGCUGCUGAGGUGACUUUGAUAAUACGAUUAAUGCCUGAUCUGGACACUAGGCAGGAAGCAUUUAUUGUUGACAACUUGACGUUGGCAACAAAGAAACAGGGAGCAAUUUUAUUUCAUUUGACUCCUCAAAAUGCCCUGAAUCUACACAAGACAUUAAAUCAUGAAAUAAAAGAAGUUGAAGUUGGUUCCUUCCAGCUUAAGCUUCAAAAAGUUGUCUUUGACCGCUUAACGCUUUCGGAGAUUUGUCGAAGCUAUAUAGAUAUUAUUGAGAGACAAUUAGAGGUUCCUGGGCUAUCUUCAUCUGCUAGUUUGGUUUUGAUGCACCAAGUAAUGGUGUGGGAAUUGAUAAAAGUUCUUUUUGCUGAUAGGGAAUGUACUUUACAGUUGAAAUCUAUGGGCGAUGACAAUGAGGAGGACAUGAUGCAGGAUUCCAAGGAAGGGUCUUUAGAGGUUGAUCCAGAAGCACUUCCUCUUAUUCGAAGAGCAGAGUUCAGUUGCUGGCUUCAAGAGAGUGUAUGCCACCGUGUACAGGAGGAUAUUGGCUCCUUGAAUGAAUCAGACUACCUAGAGCAUAUAUUUGUACACUUGACUGGACGACAGUUGAAUGCUGCCGUGCAGUUGGCCACAGCUAAAGGUGAUGUGAGGCUGGCUUGUUUGCUAAGCCAGGCUGGUGGGUCCAUAGUGAACCGUUCUGACAUUGCACAACAGCUUGAUCUUUGGAAAAUUAAUGGGCUGGAUUUCAAUUUCAUUGAGAAGCAUAGGAUUAGGCUUUAUGAGUUGCUUGCUGGUAAUAUCCAUGGUGCUUUGCAAGAGGUUGAAAUUGACUGGAAGAGAUUUUUAGGAUUAUUAAUGUGGUAUCAUCUACCUCCCGACACUUCAUUGUCUGUUGUUUUCCGUACUUACCAGCAUCUUCUUGAUGAUGGAAAGGCUCCAUUUCCUGUUCCAAUUUAUAUUGAUGAAGGACCACUAAGGGAUACUAAAAAAUGGACUUCAGUGGAUCAUUUUGAUCUCUCAUAUUAUCUUAUGCUUCUGCAUUCCAGUGAAGGGAGUGAAUUUCGCUUUUUAAAGACCAUGUUCAGUGCUUUCUCUUCGACAGAUGAUCCACUUGACUAUCACAUGAUUUGGCAUCAACGUGUUGUGCUAGAAGCAGUUGGCGCUAUAAAUUCUAAUGAUCUUCAAGUUCUUGAUAUGGGCCUUGUUUCCCAGUUGCUCUGCCAAGGGAAAUGUCAUUGGGCCAUCUAUGUGGCUCUUCACAUGCCCUAUUGUGUAGAUUAUCCAUAUCUACAGGCUAAUCUAAUUCGGGAAAUCUUAUGCCAAUACUGUGAAUACUGGAAUUCAGAUGAAUCACAACGCAAAUUCAUUGAGAACUUAGGUGUACCGUUGACCUGGAUGCAUGAGGCUCUGGCAGUUUAUUACAAUUACCAGGGGGAUCUUUCAAAGGCUCUUGAACACUUUCUUGAUUGUGCAAAUUGGCAAGCUCAUUCUAUUUUCAUGACUUCAGUUGCUCAUAUAUUGUUCUUAUCGGCUAAUCACUCAGAGAUCUGGAGAAUUGCAACUAUCAUGGAGGGUAAUAAGUCAGAAAUUGAGAAUUGGGACUUGGGUGCUGGGAUCUAUAUAUCCUUUUAUUUACUAAGAAGUUCAUUGCAAGAAGAUAAUGACCCUAUGGGGACACUGGAGUCUCUGGAGAACAAAAAUGCUGCUUGUGACGACUUCUUCGGUUGUUUGAAAGAGUCUCUGGCAGUUUGGGGCAGCAGGUUUCCAGUUGAUGCAAGAGUGGCUUAUUCAAGAAUGGCUGAGGAGAUCUCUGAUUUACUGCUCUCUGGUAUCAGUGAGGGCCCGGCUUAUGCAACUCAAUUAGACUGCUUCAAUACUGUCUUUGGUGCUCCCACUCCUGAAGAUCUUGGGUCAAACCGUUUGCAGGAUGCAGUGACACUAUUUACGUGUUAUCUAUCGGAGAUGGCAGCUUAGUUUCGCCAUAUAUCUAGUAUUUUUUUGUAUCCCCGGCUCCUUGACCUGUAUUUUUGCGUGAAUAUGCGAUACAAAAGGUGAGCAGUUUUCUUUCAAGCACAACGUGUAAUCCUUUGUAAAGUUUUCAAGUCUCCUUCAGCCUGUGUGGUGAGUUGAACAAGUUUCAUUUUCAUCUUAUAGAAUCUAUCACAAUCCUUCCCUCAAAGAUGCAGAGUCGUCAGAGGAAGAAAAUUACAUUUAUGUAGGUUUGUAUUGUGGUUUCCUGUUGAGCUUCACAUUUGGGUCUCUAUUUCUUUCUCAGUUGCCUUUC